AUGACCUCUGUACCCAAGCCGCCCCAAGGUCACUUCAACGUGCUGUAUUUUGCCAGCGCGAGCUCAUACACGGGAAAAGAACAUGAGGCUUUGCCGGCACCGCUGCCGCUAAGAACUCUGUUUGCCGAACUUGAGGCGAAGUAUCCAGGUGUCAAGGCCAAUGUCCUAGACUCGUGCAUGGUGACCGUCAACCUCGAUUAUGUAGACAUGUCGGGCGACGGUGCUGCAGAUGCCGUCGUGAUUCAGGAAGCAGAUGAGGUGGCCAUCAUCCCUCCUGUCAGCUCCGGGUGA